AAAAACUCAACCGAAAAAGAUGCAAGUCAAAAUCCUGUUUACUUUCUUCGCUGUCCUGAUGCUUGUCGUCCUGGGAGCCAAGGAAGCCGAGGCGGAUUGCCUAUCCGGGCGAUAUGGAGGUCCGUGUGCCGUCUGGGACAACGACACCUGUCGCCGAGUUUGCAGGGAGGAAGGACGAUCCGGAGGACACUGCAGUCCCAGCUUGAAGUGCUGGUGCGAGGGAUGCUAGAGCAACACUUCAAUCUGCCUGAGCCCCGAAAUCGGCAAACUGCUGCUUUACAGAAUUUUUGAAAAUAAACAAAAACACUUUGCUGCAGCCAAA